UUUUAGAACCCGUCUCCCUCCCAUUCUUCCUCUCCAAGCUCUCUCUCUCUCUACAUCAAGGAAACCCAUCAAGGAGAAGGGAAAACCCUAAUCCAUUGCAGAGCGAGUAGGAUUGGGCUACGCACCACGGAGCUUUGUGGCCAUGGCGGUUGCUGAGUUGACCGAUAGCAUUAAUGGUCACUGGAGGGAUCGCGCUCGGGCGUUGCAGUACCGGAUCCGGGAUCGCUUCCGAAUCGCCGUUGAUCGUCAUCGCCGUUGGUCGGAGGAGUCUGAUUACUCCGUCACUCUCCGGCGCUGGGUUCUCCGCCUCCGUGCCUUAUUGGAGAACCCCUCCUCUUCGGUCUCCUCCUCGACCUCCUUGUCUCGUUACUCCAAGUUUUAUCGCAAGCGAGUUGACAAAGAUGUUGAUUUAAUUGAUGACUCGGUCAUUGCUCGUCUGCUCCAAGCUGUUGCUGUUCCUCUUAUUGGGAAUGCGUGCCAUGUCUUUAUGCAUGGUCUUAACCAUAUUCAGAUAUAUGGGGCUGAGAAGCUACAUCAAGCACUAUUGCAAAGACCAAAAAGCACACCCCUAAUCACGGUCAGCAAUCAUGUGGCCUCAGUAGACGAUCCACUUGUCAUUGCGUCUUUACUUCCACCAAAUGCAAUGUUGGAUGCUCGCAAUUUAAGAUGGACAUUGUGUGCAACUGACCGGUGUUUUAAAACUCCAAUGCUGUCUGCAUUUUUCCGAUGUGUAAAAGUUUUGCCUGUGUCUCGUGGUGAAGGUAUUUAUCAAAAGGGAAUGGAUAUGGCGAUAUCCAAGCUAAAUAAUGGUGGAUGGGUUCAUAUAUUUCCAGAGGGAAGUCGUUCAAGGGAUGGUGGAAAGAGCAUUGGCUCCCCCAAGAGAGGGGUUGGAAGAUUAGUGAUGGAUGCUGACAGCAUUCCUGUGGUUAUCCCUUUUGUCCAUACAGGAAUGCAUGAUGUCAUGCCUAUAGGAUCAAGCAUUCCAAAAAUUGGCAAAAGGGUGAUUGUUCUAGUGGGUGAUCCCAUCCACUUAGAAGAUUUGCUCCAAAAAAAAGAUGAAUAUCAAAAUGAUUCUAGAGGAGUUCUGUACGAUGCUGUUUCAUCCAGGAUUGGUCAUCGCCUCCGAGAGCUCAAACUCCUAGUUGACAGAUUAGCCCUAGAGCAACCAUUUGAAGCGCGCGAUUAUGACAUGCAGAAUACUGCUCGUGCCAGUGGAAUCUGGCAGCAGGUAGACUGGGAAGCAUUUGGAAUAGAAAAUGCCAUGUCAUCAGAUAACUCUCAGAUUCAGAAUUUCUCCCUGACAACAGCUAUGAAGGAAAAUUCAGAUCAGCAUCAGCGACCUCAAUCUGAUUACAGAACAACCAUCAAGAUGGGUUUGUCCUAUGAUGGUGGCAUUGUCUCGAGAGUCCGUGGCUAUAUGAAUCCAAGUGAGCUUAUGGGCUUUGCGGCUAGAGGUUUGUUCUUGAAUGGCAGGGUUUUGGAUGAACAUCCUGAAGAUAUUCAAGAAUCAGGUCCUUCCAAAAUUUGGAAGCAAUUUCUUGAGAGGAACUUGUUUUCUCAGAGGAGUGCUCUCUGAUUUCUGUAUGCUGAAAAGUGAAGUCCAUGGUAAGCACCUGCUCACUUUCUCUGCAUAGAAGUUUUUGUAGCUAAUUUGUUGAUGUUCCUUGUUAGAAAAGAGUAGUUUCAGUGUGUGUAAUGGCAAAUAAUAGGAUACUCUUAUUAACACCAGUCCUUUGUAGAAAAAACACCAUGCACGUUUGAUGAUGCUGUUGUUAUUUCUUUUUGCUUA